ACGCGAACGCUUUUAAAGAACUGUUUUCAAAAUUUGCGUCAAUGUUCUUCUUUCAUCCUUAAAAAACGAGUUUUACCUAAUAGAAUAUUAGUCUUUAAGAUUAGUUUAAAAAAAUGCUAAAAUAAUUUAAAACUAUGAUUAUAUGUAUGGCUAAAUAAAGAAAAUAAUUAUCUUUAAUAUAAAAUUGGUUUUUAUUUCUAACUGGUAAUAUAAAAUAGUUACAACUUGUUUGAUCUAUUAUGACCUCAGCACCUGACACCACAGUCAGUUCCAAUUUCAAAGUUGGAGGUAAUGCAGUCGACUUUGAAGAUGGAGAAGAAAGUGACGAUCCAUUAGGUGACGAUGUUCCUUGGUCAUUUAAAUCUUUUUAUGAUGAUAUAGACAAUGAUUUAAACUUUGCUAUUCGUGUUAUACCAUCUGAAGAAAUUAUUUCUGAACCUGUUUCAGUUAAAGCAAAAGUUAUUAGCAAAUACUUAUUUGGAGAAGUUCUUGGCGAAGGAUCUUAUGGAAAAGUUAAAGAAGCAUUAAAUGUUGAAACUCUAGAACGUCAAGCUAUUAAAAUAAUGAAAAAGCGCAAAUUGCGCAGAAUUCCACAUGGUGAGGAGAAUGUGAAAAGGGAAAUUUGUAUGCUUAAAAGAUUAAACCACAAAAAUGUUAUUAAACUUACUGAUGUUCUUUUUAAUGAAGAAAAAGAAAAACUUUUUAUUGUAAUGGAAUUUUGCGUUUGUGGAUUACACGAAUUGUUAAAAGCUGCACCUGGUAAUGUAUUACCUGAGUGGCAAGCUAAUUUUUAUUUUCAUCAACUUAUUGACGGCUUAGAGUAUUUACACAGCAAGGGUGUAGUUCAUAAAGAUAUAAAACCAUCUAAUCUGUUGCUUACAACUGAUGAAACAUUAAAAAUAUCAGAUUUUGGUGUUGCAGAACAAUUAAAUCCUUUUGCAGUAGAUGAUUCAUGUACAACAAGUCAAGGUUCACCAGCUUUUCAACCACCAGAGAUUGCAAAUGGAUUGGAUUCUUUUUCUGGUUUCAAAUUAGAUAUUUGGGCAUGUGGCAUAUCACUUUUUAAUAUGGUAACUUCUAAAUACCCAUUUGAAGGUGAAAAUAUUUACAAAUUAUUUGAAAAUAUUGGAAAAGCUAUUUUAAUUAUUCCACCUAAUAUAAGUCAUACUCUAAAGACACUUUUAGAAGGUUUACUUCAUAGUAAUUACCAAAAAAGAUUUUGUAUUAGUGAAAUUAGAGACCAUAUAUGGAUGCGUAAACUUUAUUAUAAGUAUGAAGCUCGCGUAGAAUUUCCAACAAAUGAAAAAAGUGAUAAAGUUAGAAAUAUGUCUACUAUACCUUACUUACAACUCUUCAAUGAAAAUAUUAUAUCAUAUCUUCAAGAUGAUUUUAUUAAAGGACAUAAUGUUUCUGAAUUAUUUGACAAUGAUUAUAGCUCAAAUAAUGAUUUUUUUCAUAAUCUUUCUGCAUCGGCAAUAUCUUCUAAAACAAUAGAUAAUGAUGAUAAGUCAAAAAAUUUAAAAUCAAAAAAGUACAAUUGCAAAGCAAUGUGAAGAAAUUCGCCUAAUUUUUAAUUCAUUAUGGACAAAAACAUAUUGCUCUUUUUAA